AAGUUAAAAAAAAAAUGAAAAGAACCCGAAUCUGAAAAAAAAAAAAAAAAUUCUUCAUUUCCCAUUUGUUUCCUAGGAAAAUUUUGCCAGAAAGAGAGAAAAUUUUUACCAUCCAGAGUUUUCAUUAAUUAGGAAAACGAGGAUGAGAUUGUAUAAUGCCAUAUCAAAAUAUUUCCUUUUUAAAUAUUUUGUUUACCCGGCGGGGUACGUUGCUCAUAAUAAGGAGGGAGGGGGAUCAAAGGGGAUGACAGAAUCGCCAGGAUCGCCAGGUUCAGGAAAGAAAACGUCGUCGUUGAUGGAUAAUCUUCUGGGUUUGCUUAGAAUUCGCAUCAAACGCGGCGUUAACCUCGCCGUUCGUGAUGUUCGUAGCAGCGAUCCUUAUGUCGUUGUCAAGAUGGGCAGACAGAAACUGAAGACUCGAGUAAUAAAAAAGGAUGUUAAUCCAGAGUGGAAUGAAGAUUUAACUCUUUCUGUUACAGAUCCUAAUCUUCCAGUCAAACUGACUGUGUAUGAUCAUGACACAUUUAGCAAAGAUGACAAAAUGGGAGAUGCAGAGUUUGAGAUCAAAGCAUUCAUAGAGGCCUUAAGGAUGAAUUUGGCAGGCCUUCCAAGUGGCACAGUAAUCACAAAAGAACAACCUAGCAGGCAAAAUUGUUUGGCUGAAGAAACCUGCGUAACUUAUACUGAUGGUAAGGUUAUUCAAGAUCUCUGCCUCAGAUUAAGAAAUGUGGAAUGUGGUGAAGUGGAAAUCCAACUUCAAUGGAUUGACCUUCCUGGUUCCAAGGGUUUAUAAAAAGCUAUCAAUUUUCUCUUUUUUUUUUUUUUUUCCAUUUUAUCUGCUUCUUUGUUGCUUGUGAUGAGUGGGGGCGCUGGUUUCAAGCACCCACCACUAGUAGUAGUGCUAGUUUUGAUUCAUAGUGGGGUUGAUUUGCUUUGUUUAGAGGGCUGAUUUACAAGCUGACCUUGUAAUGUGUUUUUAUUUCUUUUCUCUGUAUGAGGAGCUCAGCUCUACCUCAUCAUAUGGGAUUGACAAUUUUGGGUUCUUGUUCAUCUUCUUGAAUAUUAAAAAUUCAACGUGCAGUUUUGCACUGUUUGCUGGAAAA